ACACCCGUCAUGAUAAUAGCCGCGGCGGCUCCGGUAUGAUGGCGCAGGAGCCGCACUGACCCCAGGACUUCAGCCAUGGAAGGUGCCCUGACAGGAAUGGCCUAGAGCCCCUCACUGGAGUGACAAUCAGUUUCAUGACUUCACGGGCAGUCGAGCAGUGACGUGUGGCGCCCACCGGUUUUCUCGACUUUAUGCCUUGGACAAAAAGUCAUUUGGAGCUUCCACUCUUCACUGUUUCAUGUGCUCGGUGCAUCAAAGAAAGAAGACGGACUUGGAGGGAAUGCAUCAACCAGAGCAGAAAUAACACGUGUCGCCACACCGAGUGAAACUGGCUCCUUGUGGCUUGGGACGGCGUGAGAAUUGGUAUGCCAUCCAGCUCUGAAGUUCUGACCAGCGUCAUAGCAGAACGCAGCUCUGAUCAGUGGAAGGACAGCCACUUCAUAAGGAUGUCGUCCAAACCCGCCACCUCUCCAUUCACCUGUAAGGCUGAUGGAGAGGAGGAGUUAUCCGGAGGAGACCUGUCUUCACGGGAAAAAGAGGACCUGGAUGAGCAGUCCCUGGGCGGCCUCCUGCCCCUGCACACCCUCCUACACAACAAUCCUCACCCCGAGGAACUGACGUCACUUGUCAACAACAUGCAAGCCGACGCUGACUGGGAAAACAUGAUGUCCUCCCAGCAUAGAAUGGACCCGGACAGCAAUAAAUUACGUUCCCUCUAUUCCUUCCGAACUACGUCUACCUCACCACACAAGCCUGACGAAGGGGCUCGCGACCGCAGCGAUCUUAUGAGCAGUGUUAACUUUGGGACUCCAGAACGACGCAAAGGAAGCCUGGCCGAUGUGGUGGACACGCUGAAACAAAAGAAACUGGAAGAGAUGACGAAGUCGGAGCAGGAGGACUCUACUUGUAUGGAGAAGCUUCUUUCUAAAGACUGGAAGGAGAAGAUGGAGCGGCUAAACACGAGUGAACUUCUCGGGGAGAUUAAAGGAACGCCGGAAAGCCUAGCAGAAAAAGAGCGACAACUCUCUACCAUGAUAUCGCAGCUGAUCAGCCUUCGAGAGCAGCUCCUGGCCGCACAUGAUGAGCAGAAGAAACUGGCAGUCCAGAUAGAAAAACAGCGACAGCAAAUGGACCUGGCAAGACAGCAGCAAGAACAGAUCGCACGCCAGCAACAGCAACUACUGCAACAGCAACACAAGAUCAACGUCCUUCAGCAGCAGAUCCAGGUCCAGGGUCACAUGCCUCCUCUCAUGAUCCCUAUCUUCUCACACGACCAGCGGACGUUGGCAGCGGCGGCUGCAGCCCAGCAGGGAUUCCUCUUCCCCCCAGGACUAACCUACAAACCAGGUGAUAACUACCCCGUGCAGUUCAUUCCAUCAUCGAUGGCUGCUGCCGCCGCCUCUGGACUCAGCCCGUUACAGCUCCAGCAGAUCUACGCAGCGCAGCUCGCCAGCAUGCAGGUGUCUCCAGGAGCCAAGAUGUCGUCCACACCGCAGCCACCAAACUGUACCGGAGCCCUGUCCCCCACCGGAAUGAAGAGUGAAAAGAGAGGGACCAGCCCUGUGACACAGAUCAAGGAUGAAGCCGCACAGCCUCUGAAUUUAUCAGCGCGACCGAAGACAGCAGAGCCCAUAAAGUCUCCCACAUCGCCGACGCAGAACAUCUUCUCGCCCAGUAAGACCAGUCCUGUGAGUCUAUCCAACAAGAGCGGCAUCCCCAGUCCGAUCAGCGGAGCCUUUGGCAGAGGAUCCUCCUUGGAUAUCCUCUCCAGUCUGAACUCUCCAUCCCUCUUCGGAGACCAGGACACGGUCAUGAAAGCCAUACAAGAAGCCCGCAAGAUGAGGGAGCAGAUCCAGAGAGAGCAGCAGCACCAGCCCCACGGCCUGGACAACAAGCUGCCACUCAGUAACAUCGGCCUGAACAACUGCAGGAGCGAUAAGAUGCUGCUAGAUGCCAUCUCAGGAAGGAUUUGCAUUAGGAGUGCACACACAGAGAGGACACAUUACGACAAUAUCGGUGCCCAGUUAUCAGGGAAACCCGGCGAAGACGGAAAGUUGGGGCCCGGGGUCAUCGAUCUGACAAGGCCAGAGGAUGCAGAGGGGGGCACCACAGUGGUGGAGGCGCGAGUCUACAGGGACGCACGAGGACGCAGCAGCAAUGAGCCGCACAUCAAACGACCAAUGAAUGCUUUCAUGGUUUGGGCAAAAGACGAAAGAAGGAAAAUCCUGCAGGCGUUUCCUGACAUGCACAACUCCAACAUCAGCAAAAUCCUUGGUUCCCGCUGGAAAUCCAUGUCCAAUCAAGAAAAACAACCUUAUUAUGAAGAACAAGCGCGGCUGAGCAAGAUCCACCUGGAGAAGUAUCCCAACUACAAGUACAAGCCGCGGCCGAAGCGCACCUGCAUUGUGGACGGCAAGAAACUGCGCAUCGGCGAGUACAAGCAGCUGAUGAGAUCCAGGCGGCAGGAGAUGAGACAGUUCUUUACUGUGGGGCAACAACCUCAGAUCCCAAUCAGCACAGCGACCGGGGUUGUGUAUCCGGGUGCAAUCAGCAUGGCCACGACCACGCCGUCCCCGCAGAUGACAUCAGAUUGCUCCAGCACUUCCGCCAGCCCCGAGCCCAGCAUCCCCGUCAUACAAAGCACCUAUGGCAUGAAACUGGACGCUGCCAGUCUGGGCGGGAACGAUCUGAUGAACGGGGAGGAUGAAAUGGAAAUGUACGACGAAUACGACGAGCCUAAAUCAGACUAUAGCAGUGACAAUGAGGCCAAUGAAGCCGUGAGUACCAACUGAGAAAACCACGAGCCUGCCAGGAGGAGACGAAUAACCCGCUCUCGAACAUUUCUUGAAGAGCCUGCAUGCGUAUGUGGUUUCCACAAUCUCAUCAGCAGAAUGGUCUUAAAUAUUUCAUGUGUGACACAGAAUGACUUCCCCCAGUUUUUCUUGAACUUUUUUUUCUAUUUUAUUUUAAGUGAACACAUAUGUAAAAAGAUAAAAAAAAAAAAAAGUCUCCGCCAUCAGGACUUGAACUGAAAUGAACCCGUAGCCGUCUGCCGAGUCUUACAUUUAGUGUGUUUUCCUUUUUGAAUGCUGAUAGUUUUGAGUUACUGUUUUUGGAUGGGGUAUAGACAUUCUCACUCAGGUAUGUACCAGCCAAUAAGUUGUGAAUGUGUUUUUAUGCUGAAUUAUUUUAGGAGGUAGGUACUGAUUUUUACAAGCGGACGUGUAGACAGCUGCGCAGAACUCUCUGCCGUGGAACCUCUUUGGACGCUUCUCCCUCUCGAUCCAUUACUUUGGUGCCAAACAUCGUCUUGUAACGGCUAAGUUGACGUCUUAAAAAAAAAAAAAGUCUUAGAAAAUGCAAAGAUUGCCCGUUUUGCAUGGCAUGGUCUUAGAGAGGGUGUAGUGCAGCUGACGGGCGCUGCUGCGGGGCGAGCUCGUUUUCAGUGACUCCUGCGUCCGCCUCGUAGCCCCCGCUUACCUGCGCGUUUAGUCUUAACACUCUCUCUUGAUUUGACAAUAUUCAUUCCAGAAUGCAAAGGGUCCAUCUGAAUUUCACAGCACCCCCCCCCCCCAGAGGAUACUGCUGGUGAUUGGAGAAAUCAUGCUUAGCUACGUCCUGCCAGGUUAGGUACGUGGUCAGUGGUGGAGGAUAUGUCAUAUACGUGUCGAGAGCGUCUCACAGCUGUCUCCAGUAAAAGGUCUUUUUUGUAUUUUUUGGCGGGAUGUCAUUGCGCAGCUUUGUACAUUAAGUCAUUUUUAUGCAUUUACUUUAGUCAUUUAUUUCUUUUAAAUGACUAACUGAAAAAAAGCUAAAAAAAAAAUUGAAAAAAUUGUAUUAUUAUAGCAGCAAAGAACAAAGCGACUGUUCUUCAUCUGAAACUUGAUUUUUCUUGUACGACAGAAAACAGAUUUUGUGCCCUUAGUGUUAUAUCGAGCACUGGAUAGAAAUGGUAUUUUUAUCACUUCUGACAAAUGUGAAGCUAUGAACAAACGUCGCCGGCUCCUGCGCGCCGAGUCAAUCAUAUAUACAGAUAUAUCAUUUUCUACUUAUUUCACUUAUUUAUACAGGAAGCUUUGCGGUUUUGAGCGCUUGGUUGAAGCUUCGGGAUCGCACCGCCGUUGUGGCCCUGCGACCAGCCAUUUACAAGGCAAACCUCAGAAUCACCAAUCAUAUGCACUGACGACAAGGACGGCUCUACAGUAUUACAGAUCGGGGGGGGGUUCCUUAUUCUUUGCCUGCAUUAGCCCCCAUCUCAUCGACACGCGCUCCGUACACAUUACAGUAGCUCACAGGUUUACUCCCGGCUUCACCAUAGUUUCUCCUGUUGUACCCCAAGUGCUGGAAGAAUGGAAGAGUCCAAUGGGGGAAAGGGGAGGCAGUAGGAAUGGAAGAGUCCGAUGGGAAAAGUGGAGGCAGGAAGAAUGGAAGAGUCCAAUGGGGGAAGGGGGGAUGGAAGAAUCCAAUGGGGGAAAGGAGAGGCAGGAGGAAUGGAAGAGUCCAAUGGGGGAAGGAGUGGCAGUAAGAAUGGACAGGGAGAAUGGGAGAGUCCAGUGCGGGCAGAUUAGCUGCGAGGCGGAACACAUAACUGAUGAGCGCCAUUAGGUGUCAUUAAAUCUGUCAGAUUGUCCCAAGACGUCUUCUGUGCAGAGAUCACAGGCCCUGAGCCCUAACAAGCCCAUAAAACCGUCCCAUCAAUGAAUAAGUGGUCACUCUGUAAUGUGCACAGAUGUAGCAGAGCAGAAUUUGUCAGGUAACUGUUUACAUCAGAGGUAGCACAACGUCAUAGCCCCAGAAUUCAGCUCUGCUACAUCUGCCUGUAGAAUAGUGCGCAACCACCGAGGCCCUGAUUAAAUCCAAGGGAUUCUUUACUUUAGUUGAGGUUUGGCGCAAGGUUCCCACUAGUGUUCUACUGUCAGUGACUGAGCUGAGGGGGGUUGUAGUACUUAUUAAUAGCGGCUUGUACAUGGUGCCGGAGACGCCGCUGCAGCUUGAAUUGCUUUUAGUACCUGUCUAGCUGCAGGUUGGGAAGACUCGGGUGGGAUGUGGGCGUCCGAGGACGGAUGCUUCCUGCUGAUUCUUACUGAUGGUACUAAUCACACAUUUCCAGCCAGGAGACUUCUCUUCCAGAUGAUGGUACUGAUAGGAAGACGUAACGCGGGGGACGCUGCAGACCAUCCACUCGGCUGAGACUUGCACUUUACUGAACUUGGAUUUCUAGAUAGUUUAGAACAUGGGAAUUGGGGGCGACAUCAUUGUAACUGGCAGAAGGACACAGGAGGGGUGCAGCAGAGUAAUGGCGGCAGUCACAAUCUAUGCAGGGAGAGGCAGAAAUCUGGAUUAUACUGACAGGUGAAGGUCUAUGGGGGGCAUCCAUGCAGAAAGCAGCAGAAACAUGGGGUCCGGUCUCAUCCCGCAGGUCUUCAGCUGCACAGUACAGGAUGUGACGGCAAUACCCGGGGGCAUCCUACAAGACACCUCGGACGUUCCGCACGUGUCCUGUACCCGUCCUCGGGUACUACGGCUCUUCUCAGUUCUGCUUGUUGCUGACACAACCCAACAUCUUAUAUCCCAUAAUGCACUGAGGUGGUUUAUGCCCCCCCCAUGUCAGACUGCUGUACAACGCAUCUUGCUGUCCCAGCUAUAAAACAGCAGG